UAAUUAUACAUUAAAUUAUCAAUGCAGCCUGUUUAUUGUCCACAACAAGAGGUGUCCUAUUGGGGGCCAACAAAGUCGAUUUUUUUCUUUUUAAAAAGGCAUGGGAAAAGGUUCGCCCACUGGACUGAGGAGGCAAGAUGCCUGACCGAAGGGACAUUACGACCUCUUUACAUGAGUUUUCCAGGAUUAACACAUGACUUGCCACAACAUGUUGUUGCAGAGAGGAACCGAAUGUUGUCCAACCAGGCUCUGGUGGACUUCAUUGUGGCAAGAGGAACCGAUAACCACAUUCAGUCCAUCAUCAAUGGACAAAAGAAAUCAAAGUGGCUUGACACUUUUUCCAAGUGUUCCAUCAAGAAAGUGCCUGUGCCGUUGUUCAUUGAAGAUAAGGAGCAAAUUGAUGUUAUCUACACUCACCUGACUUCAAUCUGGACAGCACACACCCACAGUGACCAGAUCAGAUUCAUUAUGGAUGUCCUUUUUCCAGAGGUGUGUUAG